AUGUCUACCGUAAUCAAGUAUUUCUACAAAGGUGAAAACACCGAUUUAAUUAUAUUUGCUGCAUCUGAAGAACUCGUAAACGAAUAUUUGGAAAAUCCAUCCAUCGGUAAGCUUUCGGAAGUGGUUGAAGUCUUUGAAAUCUUCACCCCGCUAGAUGGUAGAGGUGCCGAAGGUGAAUUGGGCGCUGCAUCCAAGGCCCAAGUGGAAAAUGAAUUCGGUAAGGGUAAGAAGAUCGAAGAAGUUAUCGAUUUGAUAUUGAAAAAUGGUGAACCAAAUUCCGUUACUUCCAGUCUCAAAACUAAAGGUAACGCCUACAAAUAA